CAGUAAUAUAGGGUGUGACAGGCUAUGGUUUCUAGGACAUAUGUUAGGUUGGCAGGAGGCAGGGAUAAUGAGACAAAUGUGCGCUCAGUGUUGUGACAGGUAGGGCGCCGGAGGUAAAAAGAGAAGCAAGAGGAAAGUAUGCCACAGAGAUACCCCACGUUAAUCCUCUUUCUUUAGACCCCCCUCCCUACGUGAUGUCCCAGAGUCAGUGAAGACAAUUGCUUGGAGUAUACCGACCCGUCCUGUUUAAAGUGCUGGCUGUUAUUGAUCGUUCUGCUACUUUCCAGAUGGGGUCAGCUGGAAGUCUGGAGGGACCUGCUACCCCCUCCCUAUCUCGUGUCUUUUGUGAUCACAGCUGAUGGGAAACCGUUGUUGAUGGCCACGGAGAGUGUCACAGAAACAUUGAAGAUGUGAUUCCACCAAAGGGUUUAAGUGUACCGAUGUAUUACUGGAAUAUACUCGUGAAUGCAGAUGUUAAUUUCACACAUUGCAUUGAUUGUAUCCUGAAGAGAUUUGUUUGGGUCACCAAGCACACUAUCCUGUCUGUUUUCUGUAUUUUAUUGCAUUGUAGUUUCCACUGAUUGCUGACGGGACUAUGGAAGAAGAGUAUGAAGUCAUCUGCUUUCCUGGCACCAGUACUGACUGUCCCAAUCAACGAGGAAAGCGCUGUCAAAGUGAGAGCUCCAGCUAGAUGAAAUUUUCUACCUUGGCAAACGUUUUUAAGAGUCAUUUAAAUAGAAGAGGAGAAACACAGCAACCUAGCUGCAAGGAGCGAAACAUCAUGGUGUGCAGACUGCAAGGAAUCUGAGACCAGCACAGAGGCAAAGAGCUGAAAGAAUGAUACAAGGAAGAAUUGAAGAUGAAGGUGCUAAGAUCCACUGUGAAACCUUUGAGGAAACAGAUGGGUCCCUAGCUAGUGGAAUAAUUUAAGGCCAUCUAUCUGUGCACUAUUAGGACCUGUAGCCUUCCAAGGAUUUAGAGGAGAAGCUGCACUACAUAAGGAAAUUUGUAGGUAUUUUAAUUUUCCUCUGGUUUCACGGGGAACAGUGGUAAAAAGUCUUCAAGCUCCAAUGCGUUCAGCCUAUGAUGGCCUGCCUCCACGACACUCGGACUCCUUCACCUUCCUUUGCCAGUUUCAGUACCAUAUUGACAGAGCCCUCUGUUCGGAGGCUGGACCCAGACACUCCAGACUGCACACCAGACAAAGAUCUUACCCCCACACAAUGCGUCCUGCGUAAUAUGGUAUCAAUUGAGGGGGCCCAUAGUCCUACACCCAGUGAUGAUUCCCAUGAGCAAUUUGCCAACAGCAUGCUGCAGCUGAAGGACAGUGACACAGGGGUUGGUGCUGCUUCAGGAGAAGGCAGGGAACAUGGUGAAGGUGGUCCAGCCCGAAGUGAACUCGAUGAUGUCCGGCUACAGUGCCAAACUGGAGGGGGCUUUUUAGAAGGAUUGUUUGGGUGCUUAAGACCUGUGUUGAGUAUGAUAGGAAAGGCUUACUCAACAGAACAUAAACAACAGGAAGAAGAACGGUGGGAGGUUCCUUUUGAGGAGAUCUCAGACCUGCAGUGGGUGGGCAGUGGAGCUCAAGGUGCAGUCUUCCUUGGCAAGUUUUGUGGAGAGGAAGUAGCAGUGAAGAAAGUCCGGGACAUUAAAGAAACGGACAUUAAGCACUUACGAAAACUGAAACAUCCCAAUAUCAUCGGAUUUAAGGGUGUGUGUACACAGGCACCUUGUUACUGCAUCAUCAUGGAAUUUUGUGCUCAGGGACAACUGUAUGAGGUACUACGUGCAGGGCGAAAGGUUACUCCAUCAUUACUGGUUGAGUGGUCGAUGGGUAUUGCUGGAGGUAUGAACUAUCUCCAUCUUCACAAGAUUAUCCACAGAGACCUCAAAUCACCCAACAUGCUGAUCAGUUAUGACGAUGUAGUAAAGAUUUCAGACUUUGGUACCUCCAAAGAGCUGAGUGACAAGAGUACCAAAAUGUCUUUUGCGGGUACUGUGGCAUGGAUGGCACCAGAGGUGAUACGAAAUGAACCUGUGUCCGAGAAGGUGGAUAUCUGGUCGUUUGGUGUUGUCCUAUGGGAAUUGCUUACAGGUGAGAUUCCGUAUAAGGAUGUGGAUUCCUCUGCCAUCAUUUGGGGUGUUGGAAGCAACAGCCUGCACCUUCCUGUCCCAAAUACUUGUCCAGAUGGAUUCAAGAUUCUUCUUCGACAGUGCUGGAACAGCAAACCACGGAACAGACCUUCCUUCCGCCAAAUCCUGCUUCAUCUGGAUAUCGCCUCUGCAGAUGUUCUGUCUACUCCACAGGAGACUUACUUUAAAUCACAGGCAGAGUGGCGAGAAGAAGUAAAGGAGCAUUUUGAGAAGAUUAAAUCAGAAGGAACUUGCCUGCAUCGUCUGGAAGAGGAGCUGAUUACAAGGCGGCGAGAAGAACUUAGGCAUGCACUGGACAUUCGUGAGCAUUACGAAAGAAAGCUGGAGAGAGCUAACAACCUGUACAUGGAACUCAGUGCUAUCAUGCUGCAGCUUGAACUGAAAGAGAAAGAAUUACUGAGGCGAGAACAGGCUGUGGAUAAGAAAUACCCUGGCCUUUUCAAGUAUCAUCCUUCCCGCAAUGUUGUUCAUGGCAACUCUGUAGAGAAACUCGUCAAAAAGAGAAAUGUCCCUCAGAAGCUUUCCCCACACAAUAAGAGGCCAGAUAUUCUGAAAUCAGAGGUUAUUCUUCCAAAGCUGGACUCCUCAAUGACUCAGGUUACAAUACCCAUCUGCCAAAAGGGUUCUACAUCUCCUGGACGAUCUCGACGUGGGAAGCCUCGCUACCGAAAGGCUGCAGGUAAGGGUAGCCAUGGGGACUUAAUUGGACUGAAAGCUGCAGUGGCUCAGGAAAACAUUACAGUGCUUCAUGGACAGGAAGGCAAAGAACUCCCUACUGGCUAUGCACACAGUUUUAAACACUUUGAGCCCAGUGUGGCACUACGGGGAAUUCAGCAUGACCUUCUAUUGAAGAAAAUGUCUUCUUCUAGUCCAGACCUCAUCUCAACAACUAUGGAGGCAGACUCCAAAAAGAACAAUAACAUGGAAUCACCAACAAAUGAUGACAACUCAAAUGAGACUGAGCUUCCUCGCAGUGAAACUCCAAGUGAGGACACUGCUUCUGUGCCAUUUUCCAGCAGUCCUGACUCCCCAUCUGCAAAGGCAGGAACAUCAGGGAGGGCACAGGGUUUGCCAGGGCUGGCACAAGGACUCCAAGGCAGUUGCUCACAGGAGAAGGAGGACAGUGAAAAGGAGCCAUGUUCCAGCAGUACAGCCACACGGUCAUCCAAGAACUUUAGCCAACAUCUGACACCAGCAGCCCUACUUUAUCGAGCAGCAGUAACAAGAAAACAGAAACGUGGUGUCUCUUCAGAGGAAGAAGAAGGAGAGGUAGACAGUGAAGUGGAAAUGCCCAGAAGACAAAGAAGAACACAGGGAAUGAGCAAGUGCCAGUCCUUGUCUACAUUCAGCUCAGAAAAUUUCUCAGAUGGUGAGGAGGGGAACACAAGUGACCACUCGCACAGCUGCACGCCAGAUGUAAUCAGUACUAACACAGAUGACCGUCUGGAUGACAAGUCAGAUGACAUGCUGUCCCAAUCAUCAGAAAUUCCCUUAGAUAUCUUAACGCAGUCUGAUGGACUUUCAGAGAAAGAAGCAGCAGUCCAGCAGGUGAAGACACAGCUCAGUGGUGAGCAUCAGUCAGUGUAUGAAGACUCAGAUUGUGACAGUGCCGAGUUAGACCAUUCUGGGAGCAUGGAUCCAAGCAGGCCACACAGCGCUCCUGCCUUGUGAUGACUUCACUGGUGUAUAUACAGUCUUACUUCAGAAGUAAAAAAAAAGACAAUGAACGAUGUCAGUAAUAUUAAUAUAGCACUUCAGACUUUGUUUUUAUUUCAACCUAGUACCUCUUUUUGCCAUCACACUUGUAAAGCUGGGAGCACCGGAACCAUCAUCUGGUGAAGCAGCAGUUUAAAAACAUUCCUUUAGUUACCUCCUUGGCUGAAGACAGCAUCAUACUUCUGUCAUGUAAUGCAGAUGUUUCCAGAACCCAGUUUAGAACAAAAAAAAAAAAAUCUCUCACAUAUCCAGGGGUGAAGGAUGGAUCACACUGACUUGGUUGUAAGUCAGUAGUGAAAAAUGGAUACCUAUCCCAUGUGCAAAAAUCUAGUUAAACUGCAUAUCAGCAAUCUAAUAACAGGAGCAAAACAAGAAUAACUGUAGAAUGAGACAGUUGACAUGGAGAGAGAACUGAAUCUGAAAGGCAUCAACUUGAAGAAGCCUGAAAUGUUCUUGGAGAUGUAUGAAUCAACCAGCACAGAACAGAAGGGUGCAGUAGAAUUCACCUUUGUACAUGUUAUUUUUAUACUGGCAAUCUUGUCCUCUCCCUUUCAGAUUCAUGCACCCACAUAACUCUUAUUUGCCCUGUAAUGUAGACAUGUAAUUGAAGGGAAACCAACAAAAAAUUAGAAAAUUUUCAGAACAUGGCUUAUUUGGGAUGGUGUGUCAGGAAACAUACAUAAUUGUUAAUAAAUUAUUUAAGUAAAAGUGCAAGCUUCUAAGUUUGGAGCUGGAGAAUUUACCCAUCCUCUGUGGUUUUCUUUAAAAUUCCUUUAACAUCUUGAAUAUUUUGUAAUUGUAAAGUCCAUUUAUCAGGCAGAUUAUCAUAUGGACUUGAAGCCACUUCUUGUUUUCCUCUUUCCUUAAGCUAUUUGUAAGGGUCCAUUUAUAGACUCAUACCCUAAAGCAUAAUGAUGGCUGACAAUUCUGCAUACUCUGUAAAGUCCACAAGUUGUAAAUAAGAGCAUACCUUUGACUGAGUUUAAGUUCCACACAGUUUGUCUACUGUGUGUGACUAAGCAUUACUCAGCUACACCAAAGUUCUAGAAUCGGCUCAGAAACAAAAACACCCUUGUCUGGUUAACAUAGUGAGUACACGUGUAAAAUGAAUGGGUCUAUCUUAUAUCCGGAAAACUCCCUUUCAGCAUAUGGCUCUUCACGAAUGAUAACUAGCAAAAUCUAACUCCCACGAAUGGCCAUUUCAGCAAAUUAUUUUCCUAGGGGGAAAAACACUUCGCCAUCAUCAGGAAUUUGCCCUUUUCCUCACCGUAGUGCAAUCUCGGAGUUGGUAUAUUUAGUUAGGGGGGGGGCGAAGCCCCCCACUUUGAAGGGUUUUAAAUUUUAUCUGGUUUUAGGUUGGCCAAGCGCUUUUUUUUCCCCUAGGAAAAAAUUUACUGGAAUGGCCAUUUGAGGGAGUUAAAUUUCGCUGGUUAUUGUUCGGCAAGUUCACUGAAAGGGGGUUUCGCAGACGUAGUAUAGAUCCACAUGAACAUAUCUUUUUAGACAGUAGAUAACUCAUUCAUACUCCAGAGCUUAGGCUGCUAAACUUUAAAUCUUUACAAGGCUAUAACCUCUUGCAGCCAUUCACAGUUAAUAGUACAUUGUUGGCAGUUCAAGGGGUAAUGCUCCAGAAUAUGUUAACAAACUUGAAAAGUUUUUCUGUGUGUACCACUCACCACACACACACACACACACACACACACACACACACACACACACACACGUGUGGGGAAUGGGGUAGACUUGAAAACCAGAUCUGCAUAGUGAAAUAAAUGGGUUUUUACAUUGGGCAGCUUCCUUCCCCAAACGUACACAGACAAAUAUAUUCUGAAGGGGAGCAUACUUUUAAGGUUUUCUCAGGAUAUAAACAAGAAAAUAAAUUUGCAACAUAAAGUGUAGAAAAUGGCACACUGCAACACAUCAAAUGGUAACACCAACUAUGGGAUUACUGAUUUAUUUACUACCUUUUGCCUUGGGCUUCUGAGUGAGAAGGACUCCAUUCUGUGAAUGUAUGAAAUCACCUUUGUGCUCCAGAUUUUAUGGUAAAAUUACCAAGAUCAAUGUUUUAACCUGUUUACAUUAAGUUCUUCAGGGAUGAAAGUCUUAACCAGGUAAGAUUGAAGCAAGUUUUGUACCCAUUUUAGAAUUAAAUCAAGCCGCUAUAUUUCCUUUUCCUCCAUAUUGGUGCUAAAAGCACAUAUGCAUUAGAAUUUGAAAGAGCUGUGCUGUAGAGACUGUGUAUUCAUAUCAGACUUUUAGGAGAAGGAAAAAUGCAGCAGGGCUGUUCUAGUACUGAACUACAGAAGAGGUGCUGCAAUCAAUAGUGUGGCCACUCAUUCUCAAUAUAGGACCCCAAAGGAUCUAACCGGUCAGACGUACUGUAUCACAUCAAGUUUGAAGACUGCAGCUAUGACUAUUAUAAGGCAGAAGAGCUGUAGCCAAGUCACCAGGAACUGUGUACAUGUGGCAAAGUUCUAGAACAAAACAAACCGUAGAUAAUGAUCAAGUUGCAAAGAGUUCAGCAAAAGCAUGUCGCUUCACCCUUGUAUGUUGUACAAUCACUUUUGAAGCAUGCCAGCUAGUAACCCUAAAAGUCACAUGCUUGAUGUGUGUACAGCAGGGCACAGGUCACAGAUGUUCUGUAGGAACAAGUGCUAGUAAAUGCAGCAAAUGACAACUUGAUCUUGUCAGGUUUUGAUUGUAUUUUUACCUUUGUAAUUAUUUCUGUUCUGUAUAUAUGAAACUUAUAAUCAACAUCAAAUGGAUUUUUAAAGCUUGUUCUAUAUUUAAGUCAACACCAUUUUCUUUUGUAUAACACCAACAGAAUUUAUUUUUUAAUUUCUAUAAAUUAUAUGAUUGUGAUUAAUAUAUACAAGCUACAUGAGUGUUACAAAAUCUUGGAUUGUUCUGUUACAGGAAAAUAAAGACACUGGUUCCAUGGAA